AUGCGGUUUGGCGGGUUGUACUACUACUUUACACCCAUACCCUACCCUGCUUUCCAGGCUCGCCUUGCCUUGUGCUGUGCUGGUUUUCCAUCCACACAUACGCCCUGCUCCCCUUCUCCCUCCCUACCCCCGGAGAUACCGCAACCCCAGCGCCGCGAGGGAUGCAAGAGGGUGAGGUAA